UAUUAUUAUCAUGCCGCCAAAGAAAGCCGGAGGGAAGAAACCAGCAACCAUCAUCAUCGAUGGGGUUGACACGUCAGAGAUGACGCGAGAGAAACUCGAGCAGUUCACCCUGAAAGUCAAAGAGGAACUAGACAAGGAGAGAGAGGAGAGAAACUACUUCCAACUAGAGCGAGACAAAAUCAGAACCUUCUGGGAAAUAUCCAGAACUCAGCUGGAAGAAUGUAAAGCAGAACUAAGGAACAAAGAGAGAGCGGCAGAGGAGGUACAAGAAGAAAAUGAGGCGCUUCUUGAAACAGAGAAGCAAAAAAUUAAACAUCUGAAGUAUGAACAUCAAGCUGCACUGGCUGCUUUGAGAGCAGAGAAUUUGGUCGCUCUAAAAGCAGCAAAAGAAGACCAUUCAGAGCAAGAACUAGAACUGCUUAACGAUAAAAGAGCACUGCGUCAGGAGAUGAAAGAAAAACUUCUGGCAGCCCAAGAUGAACUUAGACGAGCGAAAUUGGUUCAUGCUGAAGAAUUGUCUAAAGUAAGAGCAGAUUUUGAUGAAAAAGCUCGACAGAUAGAAGAAAAAGCAGAAAAGAAGCUCAACGAAACUAAAAUAGAACUAGGAGUAAAGCAUAGAACAGAAAUAGCAGAAGUUGAAGAAAGGAAGAAUAAACAGCUAUCGGAACUGAUUGCUGAUCAUGACAAAGCAUUCGCUGAGUUAAAGAAUUAUUACAAUGACAUUACUUUGAAUAAUUUGGGUUUAAUAAACAGCUUGAAGCAUCAGAUGGAGGAGAUGCAAAAGGCACGAGAGCGGGCUGAGAAGACGGCAAGGGACGCAGGGGUGGAGGCGCGGGCGCUGCGAGGGCCGCUGCAGACAGCUGUGCUGGAGAACAAGGAGUUGAAGAGACAGAUGUCCAACUACGAUAGAGACAAAGCUACGUUGAGUAGUAAGAGCAAGCAACUUUCGGUACUGGAGAAACAAUUUGAGAUGUUGAAGUGGGAGCACGAGGUGCUGCAAGUGCGUUUCGACCGCGUACAGGCGGAGAGGGACGAGUUGAAAGCUAGAUUUACGAAAGCAGUUAUCGAGGUGCAACAGCGAGCCUCGCUGAAGACAGCCUUAUUGGAGGUUAAACUGAAGAACAUGGAAGGUAGAGAUUUGGGACCUAAGGAUCUACAUGAACUCCUAAAGUUCAAAGACAACCAGUUGGAGGACAUGAAGUAUGAGGUUGCGAGGUUGCGGAAGGCCCAUGACGACCUUCUAGCGACCUACGAGGCGAAGUUGGCAAAACUCGGCGUGUCACCGGAUGAACUGGGAUUCAAGCCCUUGAAGUCCAUAGCAAUCAGCAGUAUGGUCAUUGGACAAGGACCCGCCGGCUUGGUUACCAAGGACCCUAUUUAA